CGUGCCUAUCCUUCGCCUCUCUUUUGUUUGCAUCUUUCUACCAAUAUUUCCUGUGGCUGUUCCAUGAAAUACAGAAAUCACGGUUCACUGCUGCCCUGAUUACCAGUUUCAGCAAGAAUGCCCUGGCUUGUCUAGGCCUAGCAUCAGUCCUAGAGUUUCAUGUUGGGGAGCUUGCCCUGCUGCUGCCCGUGCUGUGGUGUACCUGUUUUGUGGAUAUAACUCAUUGCUGGGACUCUUGAUUUAGCAUCUCACAUCAGCACUAUAAUGAGAAAGAAAAGAAAAACCCUCAUAGCACACAGGUGACUCUGGGAAAGUUAACUGCUGGCCUUCAGCUGCCACGACAUAAUCUGGGAUUCCCACAGCCUCUGAGAAAAGCCUGCAUUUAGCAGUGCAAACACUGCUGCAUUAUCACACCUCUGUGUCAAGGUGAGACUGCCAUAUAAAGAGAGGGAUGCAGAUACCCCAGAGUCCUUUUUGCGCACCCCUGCCGAAGGAAUGAAAUUAAUCUUGUUCAUUCUUCUGUCAUCAGGUAUGUUUCCAUCGUUUGUUUAUUCUUGCUCCAAGUCUGUCUUGUAGGUGCCUUCCAUAUCUGCUGCACUGAUAGGCGCAGAAACAGGUAAUUCAUGAAAAGUAAAAGCUGAGUAAAAGAAUUACUUUUUUAAAGAAACUGCCUGUGCAGGUCCCCAUGUCUGGAGGGCAAAAACUCAAAAUGCCUUAACUUUACCACCCACGUAGAAGCAGAAUUUACUCCCUGUCCCAUACCUAGAUCACACUGCUCUUGAGAUUUGUGACUGACAGCUAGUUGGAGCCAGAUGUGUAUCAUACAUUAGCAAAUGCUUUGCAACUCUAACCUUCCUGGUUUUUUCUUCUUAGUGGGCGUGGCUUCUGCCGCUGCCUUCCCCCGGGCAGUGUGGCAGCUGCGUAACAUGAUCAAAUGCACUAUGCCAGACAGUGACCCACUGAAGGAUUAUGCUGACUAUGGUUGCUACUGUGGCCUGGGGGGCAGUGGAACACCAGUGGAUCAACUUGACAGGUGUUGUCAGGUGCAUGACAGCUGCUAUGCUGAGGCCAAGAGAUACUCAAAAUGUAAAGGAAUUAUGGACAAUCCUUACACAGAGAUAUACCACUACAGCUGCCAUGAUCAAGACAUUACCUGUAGCGCCAGGAACGACCCGUGCGAGGCCUUCAUCUGCGAGUGCGACCGGCUGGCGGCCGAGUGCUUCGCAAAGGCACCCUACAACGAACACCACAGGGCGCUGGACGCGACGACCUACUGCCACUGAGCG